GCUCAAGUCAGUCUGGUCGGAAUAUGCGGCAGUGCUGCAGCAGUCGCGCGCCGUUCCGCCGCUGCUCCGCCUGGCCAUGGCCGCCGCGCCGCUGAGGAUGCACGGCCCUGCUGCUUUCGUCUCCUUCCUUCGCUGCUGCUGGUUGCGAGGGCUGCGUCCUUGAGGUCUCUCGCCGCGAUUUUGUCUCUCGACUAGCUGCACUAUUGGCGUCCCAAUCGCUCAGUCCCGACGACCCACCGACCAGCAACCCACCGGAGCCACCAUGGCCCUCGAGUGGAUCUUCACCAUUCCAGUCGCGAUGCUAGCCAUCGUAGCUCCGCUUACUUCCGGCCAGGAAUGUAUGCCAGCGCGGUCGAUUUACUGCUACGAGUGCGACAGCUGGAGCGACAUCCGCUGCAAAGACCCUUUUAACUACACGGCCCUGCCGAGAGACCAGCCGCCCCUGCAGACGUGCAACGGCUGCUGCGUCAAGAUGGUCCGCAACGCCCGCACCCAGUACGAGAGCGUGCGACGAACUUGCACGUCAAAGCUGCAAAUCAACCUGUUCAUGGUGGACCAUGUUUGCAUGAUGGAAAGUAGCGGGACUGGUCACAUGUGUUUUUGUGAGGAGGACAUGUGCAAUGCUGCGAUGCCGACACCGGCACCCGGCGCGGCGCUGCUGCUCGCGCUGCCCGCCCUGCUCCCCACACUCGCCUCGCGCCUCUACACGGCGCUCCACCUCGCAGCCCGUGAAUAGGCCCCUCCGCCCGACCCUCCACUUAGAUCCACGCUAGACUCUGCUGGACACCCUCGCUGCCGCCCUCCGGAGGACCUCGCGCGGCAACACCACCCCCUGGCAUAGGAAGACCCGCCCUUUGAACCGAUGCGCGCGCGAAACAAACUCUUCUGAUUUGACACACAAACUCGAUUGUUUCUCGUUCAAGAUGCUGCUCAUUGAUUUGUCGUUGUUUUGGUGGCGGCCCUGAAGGGUCGGCCGGGCCGGGGGCCCUCGAAUCAUGCACUCCUCGGCCCGCAGGUCCGACCCGCAGCCCGCCGGCCCGAGCGCCCCACUGACCCACCGCCGCGGCCAGUGGCGUGCGAGGACACAAACAGACACGCUGUGACUUAAAAAGAGGAUAAUUAUAUGUUUCAAACGAAAAUAAAGUGUAUUUGUAUUGUAAAAUUUCAAAUUGUUAAAUUGCAAAGGAAAUCUCGUUUAUGUAUGGAAAAUGUUUACGCUCUGUACAUUUCAAUUGUUACCAACACGAGGGAAUAUUAAAUUGAUUCUUGAAAUAUCACACAGUCAUUAUAAUAUAUUGUGAACGAUGAAAAUUAUGUAAACGGGAAUAUUUAAAUUAAUAUAGUCCAGAAGGUUUCUCUAAUAUUCUGCUUGAUAUAUCAUCAGAGUAAUAAAAAUAAUAAUGUAAAAAAUUUACCACACAAACUUUGAGAUGGAAGAAUAAUAAUUGCCAAUGAUUGCAAAAAUUAUCUUACAAG